CACUCCACAGAUAUUGACUGGGACCAUAACUGCUGUACCCUGACCCUGAGCGGCACCCACUCAACGACCAGUCAAAUUCAAAAUCACAGCCAAAUGCUAACCUUCCCCCUGAAUAAAACACAGUUGCCCCAACAACAAUCCAUACUCUGAUUUAGAAUUCUAGACAACUAACUAAAAACCUUUGAUGGCUGUGAAGUGAUGGCAAGAAUCUUCUAUUUCUGACCCAGUCAUCACUUGCGUCCAUGACCACGGAUGGACAGGGUAAGAGGGAGCUGAAAAAUCAUGCACUGCAACAAAUACAGAAACAAGAUUAAGAAAGACUGAAUCCAUGCUUUCUGAUGAGCUUGACUCCAAACCUGAGCUGCUGGUUGAGUUUGUGCAGAACGCCUCCAUACCACUGGGUCAGGGCCUGGAGGAAUCAGAACCCAAAACACCGGCUCUACCACUCCUUGCCUCAUCAGAGAACUCCAUAUGUGGCCAGCUAGACCUGCCAGAAAAUGCUCUUAGCCAUGCAACAUCCCCAUCACUGUCAGAGUAUGGGCCAGAGCGAAGCCCUCUGGUAGUUCAGCUUCAAUCCCCCUCCCCAACACCAACUUCACCUGCAAUUCUGCAAGAUCUCCAGCAGCCAGAUAGCACCUCAUAUGUCCUGCUCAAUCUUGCCAAAGGGCUGGCAGCCUCAGCUGAGCCUCUGGUGUUUGUGCAGGAUGAAAUGGAUGAAGCGGAGAAGGAGAUUUCAGGAGGGGAGUGUGGAGACGGAAGUGCCCCAUGGUACCUGCGGGUACAGGAGCUAGCCCAUGACAGCUUGAUUGCUGCCACUCGAGCUGAGCUUGCAAAGGAAGCCAGGGCUUGUAGCAACAAUGACCAUUUACUUAGCUGCCAGUCAGAGACACCAAUAAAAGAGUCACCACCACAUAACAGUCGUGUACCUGCAGAGAAGAUUCUGGUGUGUCCUUAUGAAAAUUGCCAGAGGACAUUUACCUGGCCUGCUCAUCUUAAGUACCAUCUGAAAACACACAGAAAUGACCGCACAUUCCGCUGUGGUGCUGAGGGCUGUGGGAAAAGCUUUUAUGUGCUGCAGAGACUGCAAGUGCACAUGAGGACGCACAACGGCGAGAAGCCAUUUAUCUGUAAUGAGAAGAACUGUGGCAAGAAGUUUACCACUGCUGGUAAUCUAAAGAACCACAAACGUACACAUACUGGUGAGAAGCCUUUCAUCUGUGAAGUUGACAACUGUGGCCGUUCAUUUGCUGAAUACUCCAGUCUACGCAAACACAUGUUGGUUCACUCUGGAGAGAAGCCCCAUCAGUGCUCCAUUUGUGGGAAGACAUUCUCUCAGAGCGGCAGCAGAAACGUACACAUGAGAAAACGACAUGGAGAGAACACGCUCAACUCUGAAAGCAGAGAAACAGGCGAGGCGCUGACUCACAGCAGCUUGCUAGAGGCUGAUGGUGCUGCCACGGACACCAUGGUAACCAUGACAACAGUUGAGCCGGUUAAUCUUCACCAUGCAAUGCUGAGAGCACAAGGUCCUGCAGAGCCAGUGGUGGUUCUUUCUUCCCCUCAUGACCUGGUCAGCAUGGCAGCUGGAGCUCAUAGUUACGGGGAGGAUGUGGUGGCAUUAUUAUAAUAGUGUUUGUAAAUAAAAUUAUUAUCACAAAUUGUACUAAAUGUACAUAUUUUAUUUCAUGAUCAAGAAAAAAGCAAAACAAUUGUUUGUUCAAUAUUAUUUUAUUGGUCUUUUAAAAGCACAAGAUAAAAUGGACUAAUGACAUUA